AUGGCUGCAAAACAUGGUAGUAUGAUCAGGGAAGUUUUUGAACGUAUAGGGAAACCAACGAUAUAUAAAUGGCUUCUAUUACUAUUAGCGAUGGCGUCGAACGAGCAGCUUGGAGAAAUGGUAUCCUUGCCAGUGAAGCCAGUAAUGGUGCGAGCUGUUACAAAGAUCAAGAAGAUUCAAGAAGAUUUAUUCCACACACUUAUUUGUUUGUAUACAAAAGAACUGAUACAAGAUAAAAGUAUAAUGCGUUCAUUAUCGAAUGGGUUUGAAUAUACGAAUUGCGGAUAA